CAGCAAGUCGGAGCUUUCGUCUGUCCCGGCUUGAGCCUCACAGCCUGGCAACGAUACUCCUGGCAAUGCCGAGCCUAUUAGGAAAGCGCAAAGCGCGGUCCGUGGAGGACAAGCCGGAGGCUCUGGCUGAUGCGCAUGAGAUCCUCAAGCGGCACUUUGAGGCCCAUUUCAAGCCACUUGGCGUUGCCGCCCGCGCCGCGCCGCCCAAGAAGCGAACCAACACCGACUCCGAAAGCGAUAGCGACGGCAGCGACGGCAACCUGAGUGAUGGCGACGACAGCAAUGCGGACGAGGAUCUGUCCGAUUCGGGGUGGAGCGGCGUUUCGACCGGCGAGAGUAUAGACGAAGGCGAGGAAGGGGAGGGGGAGGACACGCCCGUGGUCGAGGUUGUGGAUCACACAUCAGCACCAUCCACCACGGAGUCGGCGACGGCGAAAAUGAGCAAGCGAGAGCUCAAAGCUUACCUCUCUUCCCGGCCACCCGACCGCAGCCAACUAGCGGCGGCACAGCAGACACCUAGUGCCAAAAAGGCGCCGUCCGACCAGGACCAGCCCGAAGACAGCGCCGCCUUCCUGGCCAACGAUCUCGCCCUGCAGCGCCUCAUCGCCGAGUCCCACAUCCUCUCCGCCGCCGGCGCCAACCCGUCCCACUGGCAGUCCGAGCACGCCGCUGGCACUGCCGCCAACACGCGCGCCUUUGCGGCUGGUCGCAUCGCGCGCAAGACCAGCGACAUGCGCAUCCAGGCCCUGGGGGCUAAGGAAAGCAUCCUGACCCAGGCCAAGAUGCCCAUGUCCAUGCGCAAGGGCAUUGUACGUGCCGCUGCCGCAAGAGAGGAGAAGCGGAGGCGGGAGGCGCGGGAGAACGGAAUUGUCCUCGAGAAAGAGGCGAAGAAGCCGGCCAAGACGAAGAAGAAGCGGCGGGGAGACCGCCCAGUUGAUCUACCGGCUGUCGGCAGGAUGAGGGGCGCUGAGCUGAAAGUCAGUGCGAGAGAGGCGCAGGCCAUUGCUGCCUCGGUAAGAGGGCCGGUAGGGAAAGGGAAGCACAAGAGAAGGAGAUGAUUGCCCUUUCGUGGUGCUGGCGCAGCCCGCCCUAUGUGCUGGCUUCCACUGGUUCACAAUGGUCCCUUGAGCGCUUCUGUGUCUUC